AUGUACGACAUUGAGGAUGAGGAAGAGUUUACGUUAAAAUCGGAGGAAAUGCUUGACAAGUAUGAAGUAAGAAAUAAUCAUUGGUUGAAGUUAACAUUUGGGAUCAAGGAAAAAUGGGGCUGGCCAUAUGUUAGAAAUGCAUGGGGUGCAGGCAUGAGUAGCACCCAACUUAGUGAAUCCUUUAAUGCUUUCUUGAAGGAUUUCAUUCAGUCUGAUCAUAACUUAAUGCAAUUUUUCAUGCAUUUUGAUCGAGUUCUGUCUGACAAGAGGUACAAAGAGUUACAAGCCGAAUAUGCUCUAUGCCAAAAGUUGCCAAGAGUGAAUAUUAAAGUGAAGAUUAUGGAGCAAGCUGCAGAUGUUUACACAAAUAAAAUUUUUGAAGAAUUUCAGGAUGAGUAUGUCAAGUUCCUUGAAGUAAACAUUGAAGAAAUUGAAAAUGAUGGUGAGAGUACCGUUUAUACGGUUCUUGAUAGUGAUGGUAUAAAGGUGAGGAAGGUGAGGCAGGAGUGUGAUUAUUCAGUCACUUGCAAUUGUAGGAAGUUUGAAAUGAAGGGCAUUUUGUGUAGUCAUUGUUUGAAGAUCCUUAGAGAAAGACUCAAAUUCAAAGAGAUUCCUUCACAAUAUAUUCUGAAGAGAUGGACUAAAAAAGCAAGAUCUGAAAAUGUGAAAGAUAGGUGUGGGCAUGAUAUUCAGGUUGAUGUAAGAUUGCAUCAAACUUCACGUUAUAGGUCAUUGAUGGCAUGA